CGACUUGAAGGCACGGGGAAGGUGAGGGGAGAAGGAGGACGCAAAAAUAGCAAGAGGGGGCAGUUGACAAGAAGAAGUGAUUGUGCAUAGACGUUUCUAUAUAUCUUUCGAAGAAGGAACAAUGCGUUGUCCGCUCAAAUAGUCUGAAGAUGCCCGUGUGUUACCGAAGUCCAAAUUGUAAAUCCGCUCGGUCUUCGAGUCGUUAGGCUAAGUUACCUUAUAGCUGUUGAUUACAGACAAAUAGGAAAAAUACAAUAGCCGUCUGGACUGUCACUUUUGAAUCAAAAGGGAGACCGCUCGACAGUCAUGGAACGGAGUGUGACAAUUAAAAUUAGCUAGCCCAAACGUUCAGAUCAGCCCAUAGGAGAAGACAGAGCAAGACCACCUGGCACCUGUCGCAAGAAUGGAUUUUAGCACGCUUCGGAACCUCAUCAGCAGAUACUGUACGGGGGAGGAGAACUGGGUGGACAAUCGGACGGUCUACAUCGGGCAUAAGGAACCCCCGCCGGGUGCUGAGGCCUACAUCCCACAGAGAUACCCCGACAACAGAAUCAUCUCGUCCAAGUACACCUUCUGGAACUUCAUCCCGAAGAACCUGUUUGAACAGUUCCGGAGGAUUGCCAACUUCUACUUUCUCAUCAUAUUCUUGGUGCAGCUCAUCAUUGAUACUCCGACCAGUCCCAUCACCAGUGGUCUGCCUCUCUUCUUCGUCAUCACGGUCACGGCCAUCAAACAGGGCUAUGAGGAUUGGCUUCGGCAUAAGGCAGACAAUGCCAUCAACCAGUGUCCUGUGCAUGUCAUUCAGCACGGCAAUGUGGUGCGGAAACAGAGUCGAAAGCUCAGGGUGGGUGAUGUUGUGAAGGUGAAGGAGGAUGAGUCUUUUCCAUGUGACCUCAUACUUUUGUCCACCAGUCGGGACGAUGGGACCUGCUUCGUAACCACCGCCAGUUUGGACGGAGAGUCCAGCCACAAGACUCUCUACGCAGUGCAAGAUACAAAGGCCUUCAACACCGAGGAGGAGAUUGACACGAUACAGGCCACCAUUGAAUGUGAACAACCACAGCCAGACCUCUACAAAUUUGUGGGACGCAUCAAUAUUUAUUUGGAGCGGGAUGAGCCCAUCGCCAGACCGCUGGGGUCGGAGAACCUGCUGCUCCGCGGUGCUACGCUAAAGAACACGGAGUACAUCUACGCUGUGGCCAUCUACACUGGCAUGGAGACCAAAAUGGCUCUGAACUACCAGUCCAAAUCCCAGAAGCGCUCAGCAGUAGAAAAGUCGAUGAACUCCUACUUGAUUGUGUAUCUGUGCAUCCUGAUCAGCAAAGCCCUCAUCAACACGGUGCUGAAGUACGCCUGGCAGGCCAACCCCAACCGGGACGAGCCCUGGUACAACCAGAAGACGGAGACAGAGAGGCAACGGCACAUACUUAUCAGAGCCUUCACAGACUUCCUGGCCUUCAUGGUUCUGUUCAACUACAUCAUCCCCGUCUCCAUGUACGUCACCGUGGAGAUGCAGAAGUUCCUGGGCUCGUACUUCAUCACCUGGGACGAUGAGAUGUUCGACGAGGAGUUGGGCAUAGGGGCGAUGGUCAACACCUCGGACCUCAAUGAGGAAUUGGGACAGGUGGAAUAUGUGUUCACGGACAAAACGGGAACCCUGACUGAAAACAACAUGGAGUUCAUCGAGUGCUGUGUGGAUGGGCACGUGUAUGUUCCGCACGCCAUCUGCAACGGGCAGGUCAUGGCAGGAGCGACGGGCAUGGACAUGAUCGACUCCUCGCCCAGCGCAGAAUCAAAGGAGCACGAGGAGCUGUUUUUCCGUGCGCUGUGUCUGUGCCACACGGUGCAGGUGAAGGAGGAGGAGACUGUGGAUGGCAUCAAGCGGGGCAUCCACCAGGGCAAAGCCACGUCCUUCUACAUAUCCUCCUCCCCCGACGAGGUGGCACUGGUGGAGGGCAUGAAGAGGCUGGGCUUCACCUAUCUGCGGCUGAAGGACAGUCACAUGGAGAUCCUGAACAGGGAGGACGAGAUCGAGAGGUUCGAGCUGCUGGAGGUGCUGAACUUCGACUCUGUGAGAAGAAGAAUGAGUGUUAUUGUACGAUCCAGUGCAGGGGAGUACUUCCUGUUCUGCAAGGGGGCCGACUCCGCCAUCUUCCCACGAGUCGUCUCUGGCAAGGUGGAGCAAGUGCAAGCACGCGUGGAGCACAACGCCGUGGUGAGCGCCGCACACAUUACCCCAUACUGUCCAGGGGGUUGCAUGGACGCCUAUGAGCCUUAUAAGAAGCUGAGUCCCAUCGAGUACGAGGAGGUUUGCCACCAGCUGAGCGGCGCCAAGCUGGCCCUGCAGGACCGAGACAAGAAGCUGUCCCCAGGCUCCACGCCAUCGAAGGACUUCAUCCUGCUGGGGGCCACCGCCGUGGAGGACAGGCUCCAGGACAAGGCGGCGGACACCAUCGAGUCGCUGCACAAGGCAGGCAUGAAGGUGUGGGUGCUGACGGGCGACAAGAUGGAGACGGCGGCGGCCACGUGCUACGCCAGCAAGCUGUUCCGCCGCAGCACGCAGAUCCUGGAGCUGACCACCAAGCGCACGGAGGAGCAGAGCCUGCACGACGUCCUGCACGACCUCAGCCGCACCGUCCUCCGCCAUCACGGCAGCAUGACGCGGGACACGUUCUCAGGUCUGUCCAACGAGUUCCAGGACUAUGGCCUGAUCAUCGACGGGGCCACUCUGUCGGCGGUGCUGAAGCCCCCUGUGGAGGGCAACAGUGGGGCUAACGGGGGCAACUACAAGGAGAUCUUCCUUGAGAUCUGCCGCAACUGCAGCGCCGUGCUCUGCUGUCGCAUGGCCCCGCUGCAGAAAGCACAGAUUGUAAAACUGAUCAAAGCCUCCAAAGAACAUCCAAUCACGUUGGCCAUUGGAGACGGAGCAAAUGAUGUCAGCAUGAUUCUAGAAGCCCACGUGGGCAUUGGCGUCAUGGGCAAAGAGGGACGCUUCAGGCUGCACGACAGCAUUCACAUAAUCCCAAAGUUCAAACAUCUGAAAAAGAUGCUUCUGGUCCACGGCCACUACUACUACAUCAGGAUCGCUGAGCUCGUGCAGUAUUUCUUCUACAAGAAUGUGUGCUUCAUCUUCCCUCAGUUCCUCUACCAGUUCUUCUGUGGGUUCUCCCAGCAGCCUCUCUAUGAUACAGCAUAUCUGACCCUCUACAAUAUCAGCUUCACUUCGCUGCCUAUCCUGCUGUACAGUCUGAUCGAGCAGCACAUCAACAUGGACAUCCUGCGGAAAGACCCGUCCCUGUACAGAGACAUCUCCAAGAACUCUCUCCUGCGCUGGCCCAUCUUCAUCUACUGGACCUGUCUGGGAGUCUUCGACGCCGUCGUCUUCUUCUUUGGUGCUUUCUUCCUCUUCGACAACACCACCUUCACCAGCAAUGGACAGAUGUUUGGGAACUGGACGUUCGGGACGCUGGUGUUCACUGUGCUGGUAUUUACCGUGACACUCAAGCUGGCUCUGGACACACAUUACUGGACCUGGAUAAACCACUUCGUCAUCUGGGGAUCGCUGCUCUUCUACGUCAUCUUCUCGUUGUUGUGGGGAGGAAUCAUCUGGCCCUUCCUGAACUACCAGAGGAUGUACUACGUGUUCAUGCAGAUGCUGUCCAGCGGCCCCGCCUGGCUCAGCAUCAUCCUCCUCAUCAUGGUCAGCCUGCUGCCGGACGUGGUCAAGAAGGUGCUCUGCCGCGCCCUGUGGCCCACCACCACCGAGCGCAUUCAGAACGCUGACAAGUUGUACCACGGCCACCUAGCGGAGUUCACACCCCUGUCGUCCCUGCACGCGCCCCCUCGGGGCCCGAAGCGCUCGGACAGACAUGGACAGAACCCCCUCCCUCACAGAACAAACUGGUGUUGCCUUUGCGCAAACCUGUUGUCGAGGAACACGCCAUAAGACUAGAAUGUCUUAUGCAUUUUCAUUGUAAGUUGCUAUAGGCCCAGGCAGUGCCAGUGCUCUUCUGUAGAUCAGUAGUAGAGCAUUGGAUCUAGUAGAUCUGUAUUUGUGUGAGAGCGUCCCGAAGCCAUGCUUCCCUUGGUAAAUGCUGUAAUAUUGUUGUCAAGGCAACACCGACUACACACUCGGAACUUGUUUCCAAAUAAGGAAAAGGCUGAUUUUAGUGUUGCAACACAUUAGUUUCGCUUCAUGGAACCAAUGGUCUCUGUUGCCUUCACAGCUAGUUACAGUAUGUGUUGGAAGUAUUCAGCUAGCCUGUUGUCUCUAAUCUACAAAGAGCAAAAUUUCUGCAAUGUGAUCCCCUUUGGCUACACUAGAGGGCGCUGUUCCAACAGUACCAUGUGGUGUGUUGCUCUGCUGCAACAGAAACACUGAAUGUUCCUAUUUGUCCCUUCAGCGCCCUCUUGUGUACGCUAUUGGUACUACAGCAGACUUCAGCUUGCUAGAUCUGUGUCCAGUGUUGGUGUGUACCUGUAGAUGUGUGUGUGUGUGUGUGUGUGUCCUAUGUCCUCGCCAUGUGCAGUGUAGCCCCAUCAGUCUAGCUCCAUCAGGCCAUUAUCUGGCUGUAUAGGUGAGAGCUUGUGUUAUGCCUUAAUGUAACAUUAACGUUCUCCCCUAAUCUUACUCACUCAACAGAACCAAAGGUUUUAAAAAAGGAGAAAAAAAAAACAAGCAUACUACUCGUACAUGUUUCUUUGCCUUACAUAUAGACAUUAAGAAUGGAAUCAGAAGGGUCUGCUCUGUGUUCCGCCAUUAUAUGACUCAAGCCAUUCUGCCUUAACGGACACACGUGUGGUUGGACUAGAUCACGUGACCCAUAGCUGUCACCACAUCCAGAAGGGCUCCGCUUACAAAACAGCCAACUGGGUGUCAUAUGCAGAUGUAAAUGUCACGUUCACGGUCCAAUCUGAUGUGUUUAUCCAUCUUUAUCCAACGUCUGCUGUCCAUGACAAGCUGCAUAAGAGAAUCAACCUUUUUUAUUAUUCUACUCUUUUCUGUUGUUAUCUGCAUAUUAUCACAAGCACAAGCAGUAGUGUAGGUGACCUCUAACUGACCCGGAUGACCUCUAAUUUAAUUGGCUGACGUCUGAGGGAGGCCGCUGGCGCUGGGUGACAACUCACUGGGUCAUGGGGUCCAUCAGAACCUUAGUGGUCCAGAUCAGUCCCUAGUGUGAGUGUCGUGUCCACUUCCCCCGUCAAACAAAUCUGCAGUGCAUUCAGCUGGCUUUAGGCAGUAUCGAUAGUAACUCUGCUUUAGGUUAUCGAUAGUAACUCUGCUGCAGGCAGUAUUGAUAGUAACUCUGCUUUAGGUUAUCGAUAGUAACUCUGCUGCAGGCAGUAUCGAUAGUAACUCUGCUGCAGGCAGUAUCAAUAGUAAGUGAGAGUGAGCUUUUCACAUUUUGUGUGAACAACCUCACUCACUCAUGCACUGUUGAAAAUGUGUUGACAUGUCUCCGUACUCUGUCCAUACGCAUCCAUCAUCAUCAUCAUUUGUUGUUAUUUUUUUGUUUUUGUUUGUUUGUCUCUCCUCCUCUUGUCCCUUGCGUUCUGUUGUGCAGUCGUGCGCUUCCUCUUGGAUCUUCUCCUCCUGUUCUGUUUCUGUACCUCCUCACCACUAUUUGUUCUUCAUUCACCCUCUCACUCUCUUUCACUCACUCACCCACCCCCUCACCCUCUCAUUCACUCACUCACUCACUCAUUCAGCUCACACCCCCACUGGUCACUUACUUGAGUCAUGAUAAACAAUGGCAGGGUAAGAACGAGAUGGACAUGAUAUUUAGGUGGCAGUGUGUUAUUGUUUUAUUAUUGUGCUAUGAUUAUGAUAUUUAGAUGGCGAUUAUUUUUGUUAUUGUGUAUUUACUCUUGUCUGUAAAGAUUUUUAGCUGCUUGACAGUAGGUGCCUUGAGGUCCUCUUUGAGCUGUUACUCAGCACAUAAACACACAUACACACUCACUCAUACAUCACGCUGAUCACCAUCUUAGACACACCUAGCCACACUAGCACCCAUCGUGUUAUAAGGAAUGUCUGAUAUUGUGUGGCUGUGGUAUGCAGUGUAUCAGCUGUAGUCAUUAAGAUGAGCUUUUGCAAGUAACAUAAUGUGGGGUCACAGACUGUAAAUCAUUGUUUAUAGUUGCAGGGCAAAUGCAUUGUAAGAGAACCACAAUCAAAGUCAUUACUCUGGAACUUUUUUUUGUCUUUAAUUAUUGCUUUGGAAUAUGUCGCUGUGAUGAGGUUUACAAAUAUCGAACAAACGAAUGAAUGAAACCUUGCCAGGAAGAAAACUCUGCAGUCCAAAGCUGUCGAACUGUUCUCGGGUGAAUGUGGACAUCGUUAGUCACUUUGGGGAUCAUUUUUCAAGCGCAUUUAAUGUUUACUGUGAGCUCUUCAGCUCUGUGGGUUGAAACACUGUGGUCAUCCAGCUUUAUCAUGAGAUACGCCGCUCUGUGUGAGUCUGUUUCUAUUUAACACUGUGGCACACACACACACACACAUGUUGUGGCAUGCCUCCCCAAACAGAACCUGAACAUGAACAACGCCCCAUCAGACAUGUUACAAGAAGGUACCUGUAAUGGCCGCAACUUAAAAACUUGAAACAAAAACAAGAACAUUCUCAAAUAUAUUACUUAACUGUAAGAUAAAAGUAAAGGCAUUUGUUCGAAAUGUAAUUACAGAUAUAUCACAACUCCGAGGUUACAUUUCUUUGAUUUGCCACAGAUGUCUUGCUACUAGUCAUUGUUUUCUUGAGCUAGAGCAUGUUGUUUUUUUUAUUAUUUUAUUUUACUCCGUUUUGAUUUAUGAAAUGUAUCUGUAAAAAAAAAAAACGGUUAAUAGCAUGAGAGGUAAUUUUAAAGAAAUUGAGGCUGUACAAAUUUUAGAUGAUCUAACCUGUGGUGUUGCUGAGAAUGACCAUCAGGAUUUCUGAAUGUAUCAAAACACAACCCCCUGUCCUCUUUUACACAGUAAAACAGGAUAGUGCAUUUGCUCCUGACAGUGGAACUGACUUGGACAGAACUCUGCAACAGUAGUGGAGUGUUGGAAUAAACAUUCUCCUCACGUGUUCUGAUAGUGAGUGCAAAAAAGCCCUGUGUUGCUACUGAAGGCCUCUGUGGCGAUACCCUGAGAGCUGCUCACUACUGCAGGGCUUUCGAGGACGUCCUCUCCCGACGUCUAGUGUCCCAUCUACUCAACCGAAUGAUCUGAAAUGAAAUAUUUUCUAUAACUUCAGAGAAUCAACUUUUGCUACUUUUGUAUUCACAUUUGAAAAGGAAAAAAAGAUAAUAUUACCGACUUUAUUUAUUUUAGGGUAUUAAUUUUCAGUUUUGUAACCAAAAUUAGUUACAAGGGGGACAAAAACCUAUAUCUGUGUGUAUAACUUUGGCAGAGCAUAAACUGAUAAAUAAUAGCUUUAACGUUCUGCUGUCUCUGGGUCUGUGUGUUUGUUUGUUUUGGUUUUUCAGUUCUGUUUUACGUCAUGUUGACAUGCACUGUUUGUAAAGGGGGAUAAACUAAUAGAUUACUCGAUCUGGAAACAGAGGACACUUUGGAAGACUCCUAAAAAAGUGUGACCAAAUACUAGACUACUAUAAAUGUCUGUUGUCUGUACAGCUUCCUGGACUCGUAGUAGAGCCUCAUCUAAGCCAGCCUUGACAUUUGAGUAGAAUGUGCAUCACUUUCUCCUAUACAUUGGCACAACGCGUCAUGAUAAUGCUCUUAACUUAAAUCUGAUUAAAUGUAUGUAUACUACUGUACACUCUGCAUUGCAUAUGUAGUUAUAAAUAUAUAUACAUAAAUAUAUAUUAAUGUACAGUUUGGGGGUCUUUUGUAUACAGUUUUUAACAGAUUGAUAUCUGUAGAUAUAUGUGAAUUUUUGCCAGCUUUUGUGUAGCUAUUAAUGGCAAACGACUGUACAUUGCUUGUAAUAAACAAAGUUAAAA